AUGUCUGCCUCCGAGUUGGAGAAACAUUAUCUGCCACUUGACACAUCCCGGAAAGAGAUCAGGCUACUCGAGAUUGUCUCCAUCACACCGGGGAUCGUCUGCGAGUUCCACACCGUGUCUCUCCUGGAUAACCCCUCAUUCUGCGCCCUUUCCUACGUCUGGGGAGACGAAAGCGACACCCAAGACAUCACGGUCAAUGAUUCUUACCGCAGCAUCACCUCAAGCCUUGGCAAUGCCUUAGAAUAUGCCAUCUUUCAUUGGAGGGCCAUCUUUCGUGACCGCGACGUCGGGUCUUGUCGACUGUGGGCUGACGCCAUCUGCAUCAAUCAGGCUGACAGCAAAGAGAAGGGUGAGCAAGUACAACUCAUGAAAGAAGUUUAUUCCAUGGCUGAAGUAGUCUUUUGCGCUCUUGAUUUCAAGGCACCGGAGAAGGAGAUGCAAUGCGCCUUUUAUGCGAUUGGGUCUAUUGCAACAGGCGCAGAUGAAGACGGCUUCGUCUCAGCACCCAAUGAGGAACCAAAGAGAGCCAAGAUGCGUCGGGUGACGGAAUAUCUCGCCUUCUCUUGCCACCUGUCUCACCAUCUCGGAGUGACAGUUGGCUCUGCUAUCGAUGUAUUUUGCUGCCUGACGUACUGGAAGCGAGCAUGGAUAUUCCAAGAAGUGGUGCUGGCUCGUCGACCCGUCUUUAUCUAUCGAACCUUGCUGAUGGAACUGAGUACUCUUUUGCAUGCGCAUUCUUGGCUUUCCGCUGCUCAAGUACAGCCUACGCCCGAGGGAACCGACCAAUCUGUUCGUGACGCAAUAGAUGAAUUCGAUGCCGCCAUCUUCUUGUCUAUCAAUUGGGCGAGAACUCUUGUCGGGGCAGAAAAGGCGUCGGAGGAUGCAAAACUAAGAAAAGAACAUCAAAUGGCACGCAGGGCUAUCGUGUCUACUGGCGGGACUCUGGAAGCAAGAGACCCCAAGGACCAUGUUUAUGCCCUCCUUGGAGUUGCCGACCUCAAGCUCAAGCCAGACUAUAGUCCAGAGAAGUCGCUCGAGUCAGUUUAUAUCGAUCUCUGUGCCGAGCUUAUCGACCUCCCGUCCGACUUCUCUUUCGAGUUUCUGUUUUUUCUUUAUUAUGCAGGGAUUGCCAUGCAAGACGAGCUUGAGCAAUCAUACGAAUUCGCUUCUUGGGUUCCCAACCUCCGGCGGCGUAUGUCAUCUGGAAGUGAUGCCAGCCCUCCUCGUCCUUUCGAACGAUUGUGGAAAAUUCCCUCAGAUACAAGUCCGUGGAUGGACUGCGGUCCAUCACCCGAUGUCUUUAUACGAGAGCGGAGCUUAUUUGUUCGCGCCGUCUUUGUUUCGACCAUCCUGGAUCUGGGUCCAGUCAUAUCCUUCAACGAUGACACUUGGUUAUCCUUUGUCAUAUUUGUAUUCGAGAUGCUCAACUCGCCGCCUUUUUACACACACCAUAUUCAUCCUCUGGUGACCCUCGCAAAGACUCUAGGGGCCGAGUGUCAAGAAGAAAAUGUUUGGGAGAUGCCAGAGGUCUUGAGAGUCAUCAGAGCACUUCAAUACCUCCUGGUCAACGGGCAAUCGACAAAUGAGACAGACGAUAGUCCCACCGAGUCAAACUACAUGUAUGCGUUUGGAGAGGAGUUUCUCUUAAAUAUAGGGCUUGGAGUAUCAUGGAGGUGUAGGGUUUUGGAUGAACCCCCGAGGCCGAUACUUGGCCACGAGCUGAUUGACCAAGUCAACCAAGAACAACAAUACAUGCUGUAUAGAUCAUCCAUAUCGAAUUUCUUGACAAGAAUCUCGGAUCAGACACAGUUUGAAGUAGAGAUGGCCCAAGCUGAGAAGGACGCGGAAAAGCUGUACCGGGGAAGAUCAAGAUUGGCUCGAGCACUAGAUGGCGGGCUCAUGUUUGUGCCCUGGAGCGCGGCGGAAGGUGACCACGUCGUUCUCCUCAAGGGCGUCGUGGAGUUUUUGUUGGUUCGCAAGGUGGAUGAUUUCUAUCUCAAUGUCGGGCGGUGUUCGUUCUCUACGCUUGAGAAGGAGAUUGCACACGAGGUGGGCGUGGGUGAGAGGGAGCUUGUGGGAAUAGAGCUCCGAUAG